AUGGGCGACUCGGUCACGACACUCCCCGGCGUCCUGGCGCGAGGGCCGGCGCUGCACGCCCUCGUCCGUGUGGAGCUCACCAACGGCACGGUGGUGGUCGGGCGCUUGCUGGAGAUGGACGCGGCCACCAUGAACACUAAGGUAGACGCCAUCACACUCACCGCAGUGCGCCGUCGUCGUGGCCGCCCGCGCGAGGACGCCCCGGCGACACGCGCAGUCGCGACGGCUGGCAGCAGCAGCAGCAGCCCCGCUGGCGGGAGCCACGGCAUGGCGGUACGCAAGGCUGAGGACACGAUAGAGCUGAGCCCCAUCGCCCUGCGGUGCAUCCAGAGCAUCGUCGUGCGUGGUGCCUGUAUUCGCUACUUGGACUUCAUCCACGAGACCAAAGACGGCGGCACGAGCUACGGCGAGGUGCUGGUAGCCGCGGAGCAGGUGAGGCCCUCUGUGUAG